AUGAAAAUGAUUUUCACCUUCUAAGAUUCACUUAAUUAACUUUUAUCCAACUAAAAAUACAAGCGUUUCUAUUCAAAAAUAAUAUACUCUUUUUUGAUAUCGGCUGUUUAAAGUAAUACCAUAAAAAUGUAUCAAAAUGUUCGGAUCCUUAAAUUCUCAAAAUAUUGGAAUUUUAAAAAUUGA